CAGCUUUAGAAAUGUGCUAACGCGAAGGGCAGCUGUUGUCACAUAUGGAGAAUCGAAGACAUGUUGCGCCUGUGAACUGGGAGAAAAAUCACCUCGAACCGGACUCACUUGGAAGGCGAGCCGAAGCAUUCCACUACGGGCCACUGCGACCUGAAAAAAUGGGCGAGCCGAGGGAAAGCACGGAGUCCGGGGACGAGCAAGUGUUCAACUGCCUGGACGAAGCCAAUGCCAUCAUCCAGGACGUGAAGGCACACGUCGCCGAGAUUUGCGUUUCCUCAAAACUGCCCAGUGACGCCACACAGAUAUAUUUGAACAUACGCACCAUCGAGAGCGCCACUUGCUGCGUGCAGGUGACCAGUCGCGGCUUCAAGAUUGUCUCCUCGCAGUAUGACACCAUCGACGAGGACCCACGGGUGUCUGCAUUGCUUCGCAACGGAGGAGCUAACCAGCAAGAAGAUGAGGAGGAAGAGAUCUUCGAGACCCCCUACGCCCUGCUGGACAAGAUCAGCCCCCGUUACGUGGAGUCCUUCGGCAACCAGCUAUGUCAGCAGCUUAGGCAGUUGCAGCAAAUGCGAACAGAGUUCCACGAGGAAGAUGAGGAAGAGGAAGAGGAGGAGUAA